AGAAGAUGCAAAUGUGCCAUGGCCGCACAUGUUGAGGCAUUCCUGUCUACUGUGUCUGCUCUUCUCCGAUUUGCGGGCGCGCUCGUUUUCUUUUUUCUUGCAGCAGCAGGAGCAGCAAUGGAACAAUGAGACGCUGCAUGUCGAGGCCAAUAUUCUCUUUUCAUGGCGGCGGCGGCACGGGCAGGGCAGCCAGCAUAACUCGAUUACCUCCCGAGGUUGCAUGCCCGGUAUAGAAUUGGAAUUGGAAGGUCGCCACCUUACCUUUGGUUACAGAGCACCUUGGUUGGAGGCUUACCGUGAGGUCGGGGGACAAUUCCCGCCUCGGGAUUUCGAGAAAAUGUCUUACCUACCAACGGCCUGGAACUCAGGGACGUACUGUACGUCUAGAAUUGGCCUCCGGUGACAGGCCAGGUGAUAUCUAAAAUCAAAUAAGGCGAGGCUUUUGGCUCGGGCUGGGGGUUCCAUUGUGUUAUGCCCGUCACUCAGUGCAGUCCUGUACGUAAUAUACCAAAAACCCACUAGUAUCGAUCCCGAUUGGCGCCUCUUGACAAGCCCCAAAAAGCCCAAAGCGACGCCGCCCCGACGACUGCAGCACUGCCUAAUUACCACCACCCGAUUUGAGGUUCUCUGCGAGCUUCAGCAAAACCAAAAUGGAUUACCUAAAUUCUAAACACGACGUCCACGCACAACAUCUUUCCCCCCUUUCGCCGCCAUACGGGAACAACCCCAGAAUAAACACGGAUGCCCCAGAAUGCCCGACAUGCAGACACCCAUGUUGGCUGUAUGACACGUCUGGUUGUCUAGCUUUUGCAAUACGACGACAGCGACGAUGACAGAGCCGUAGUCGUACAGCUGCUGCAAAUAUUUACCCUUUCAAUAUAUAUAGCCUUACCUGGCCAAUGUACCAGCAGUAUGUAGACGUACGGACGCCUUGGCUAUUGUUAGCACUUUAUACAUACCUAAAAAGUAAAUGGCUUGACCCAAUGUCUCUGUUACCUUGGAACUUAUACCUUCCACCCAAGAAGGUAUGCAGGUAGGUACGGAGUCAGGUAGUGUUGCUUGCAACAGCUUCAAAUUUCAGCCAGCCAGCCAGCCAGCCAGCCA